UCCUCUGCAGAGUCUCUCUUUCAUCACUUUCUCGGAAAAAAAAAAAGUUUUUGUUUCUUUCUAUAGAGAGAUUGAGAGAUUACGAUACGAAGAAGAAGAGACCAUGGCGCUCGUGAAAUCUGAAACGAAGGCGUCGGGAAAUCAACAGCAGCAUUCUUCAAGGUUUACAUCUUCGCUUUACGUCGGUGAUCUUAGCCCAGACGUGACGGAGCAAGAUCUCAUCCACAAAUUCUCUUUGACUGUUCCUGUCUCCUCCGUUCAUCUUUGCCGUAACUCCGUCACCGGAAAAUCCUUGUGUUACGCUUACAUCAACUUCGAUUCUCCUUCCACCGCGUCGAAUGCUAUGGCGUGCUUAAACCAUACUGAUUUGAAGGGGAAGGCUAUGCGAAUAAUGUGGUCUCGGAGGGAUCUUCAAUACCGUCGUACUACUGGGCUUGGAAAUCUAUACGUUAAGAAUCUUGACAGCUCGAUCACUAGCAUUUGCUUAGAGCGAAUGUUUUCCCCCUAUGGAGACGUACUCUCUUGCAAAGUCGCUGAAGAGAAUGGCAAAAGUAAAGGUUUUGGCUUUGUUCAGUUUCAUACAGAGCAAUCUGCUGCAACUGCUCGUUCUGCUCUCCAUGGCUCUGUCGUUGAUGGCAAGAAACUGUUCGUAGCCAAGUUCAUCAACAAGAAUGAAAGAGCAGCUAUGGCAGGACAUCAAGAAUCCACAAACGUUUAUGUGAAGAAUCUGAUUGAAACUGUUACAGAGGAUUAUCUACAUACACUGUUUUCUCCAUAUGGGACAAUCUCAAGUGUUGUGGUUAUGAGGGAUGGUAUGGGAAGAUCUAGAGGUUUCGGAUUUGUCAACUUCUGCAAUCCAGUAAAUGAUAAGAAAGCUGUGAAAUCUCUCCAUGGACAACCACUUGGAUCGAAGACUUUGUUUGUUGGAAUGGCACUGAGAAGUGAUGAAAGGAAGGAGAUGCUGAAGCAAAAAUACAAGGGCAACUUUAUUGCCAAGUCUAACAUGGGAUGGUCCAAUCUGUACGUGAAGAACUUGAGUGAAUCAAUGAAUGAAACAAGACUGCGAGAAAUAUUUGGAAGCUAUGGGAAAAUAGUCUCAGCUAAAGUGAUGCGUCAUGAGAAUGGUAGAAGUAAGGGAUUCGGCUUUGUGUGUUUCUCUAACUGUGAAGCGUCCAAACAGGCUAAAAGAGAGCUCAAUGGGUUUAAAGUUGAUGGAAAACGAUUUGUUGUUCGAGUUGCUGAGCGCAAAGAGGAUCGACUCAAGAGGUUGCAGCAAUACUUUCAUGGACAACCACAGCAUUACACGCAAGUUCCUACUGUCCCUCAGCCAGUCCUCCCAUCUGUGCCCAGCAGCUUUCAUGGACAACCACAUCAUUACACGCAAGUUCCUCCUGUCCCUUCACCAGCUCAGGCAGUCUUCCCAUCUGUGCCCAGCUGCUUGUAUGGACAACCAUGUCAUUACACGCAAGUUCCUCCAGUCACUUCACCAGCUCAGCCAGUCCUCCCAUCUGUGCCCAGCAGCUUUCAUGGACAACCACAUCAUUACACGCAAGUUCCUCCUGUCCCUUACGGUGCAUCUUAUUACUAUAUGGCGCCUCAGUUACCACAAAUGUUUAGCCACCAAAACAUCACCACCUAUGUUCCAGCUGGCCAGGCUCCUCUCAAGGAGAAAAGAUCAGUGCACCUAGUCUACAAACACCCGGCUUAUCCCUUUGCCAAAAGUGGUGCCAAACAGAAACUUGUCUUUAAGGGUGAGGGUAACCGAACUUUAGAGGCUGCGACAUGCUCAAAAGCAACAACAUCUGCUGAGAACCGUAGAGAAGCAUCACCCGCUUUGAAAGUAAUGUCGUCACCAAAAGUGAAGAAGGCAGAGAAGUCAGGAAAACAAAUUGCACUAAUUGGAGGGGGCUGCUUAAACAUUGGCCCUGCUGCUGUGGCUUGACAUCUCUCACCGCUUAGAAUUCCACUGCUUUCAUUUUAACCCUUCAAUAGCUUUUGCUC